CAGUCUAAAAGUAAGGCCUUUUUAGAGAUGAGGAGGAAUUUCUUCACCCAGACAGUGGUGAGCCUGUGGAAUUCUCUGCCGCAGGAAAUUGUCGAGGCCAAAGCACUGAAGACUCUCAAGAGAGGGCUGAGUUUAAGGAGGAAAUGCUACGCAAGCGUUAUGAAGAGGAAGUGGGCUCACUGGCUGAGGAACGAGCACAGUUAGAAGCUGAAGAACAUCAGAAGCUCAUGGCUUUCAACAAUUUGGAAAAUGAACGACUCCGAAAAAUACGUGAGGAGCGACUACAAAGAGAGGCAGAAGAGGAGCAGGAGCAGAAACUCCAAGCAGCCAUCGUCAGAGAAAAGAAACAGAGUGAAUUCCUCAAGGAGAAGGAACAGGAAGUACUGCGGCUUCAGGAGGAGGUGAAGAAUUUCAUCACGCUGGAAAACUUGGAUCAACGGAUAGCAGAAGCUCUGGACAAUCCAAAAAAUUACAACUUUGCCAUUGACACGGAGGGCAGGUUCAUAAGGAGCCCUGUGAAGCAGGAGGCCACGCAGCAUAGCUGAGUAGCCACCGCAUCUGAACCCUACACAGUUCUGCCAAGCUCCCUUCUCUGAAGCGUUUGGGGCUGGGGUGUCAUUGACAUGCAAGAUUAGGAAGGGAGGUGGUGAAUGCCUUUAGACACUGAGAAACUGUACAACAGGUUGAUUAAUUUAGCAUGGUUGAGGUAUGUCCUGACCUGAUAAUCCAGUAAGAUUUAACAUCUUCAAAGGCUUCUGAGCGUUUGGUGCCCCCAAAUUUGACUUGUCUAUUGCAUACGUCCAAAAGAGCUGUUUUCAGGGUGUAUAUCGUGAGAUUUUUUUUUUCAGAAUGUAAAGUCAGUUGAUUUACUUGUAAACUCCCCUGAGUGCUGUGCAACAGUGAAUAUACUUUAAUAAGGCUGGAGUUAAAUUGCACCAAUAAAUACAACUCAGUUUGUGGUCUGGGUGUGCAUUGUAUCAAUAAAUACAACAGUUGGUGUUUAUGUUCCAUUACCUGUAAUAUAAUAGGGAAAGAGGAAACUUCUAAUCUGUGUGCGCAAUAAAUAUAAUUGAGAAAGCCUUAA